UUCCUGUUCCGAUCACCAGGAAAUGGCGCUUAAGACUUCUCCGGAACUGAUCUGGAAUCGGCUGGCUCGAGUUCGUGCCGCUUAAAUCGAUUUUGAAAAUCCCUUUUAGCGAUCUCCGAUCAGUCUAUAGGAGGCCGCCCACAGCAGGAAUUCGGCUUUUUAUUACAACAGCUGUGCCACAAGAACAACCGAGCAGCGUCGGUGUUGCUCACCCUUUCGAAUUGUAUUCUAAGCACAGUAUUGGCUAGCUAGGUGAAACCCGAAGGCAACCUGGAAGAAGCAGGUGUACCCAAGAUAUCCACGCAGCAUGGAUUUUGUAUAACUACAGCAAGAUGUGAGGAACUGACCCAGGAAACAACCGAGAAGGCGACCAACCGCAUUAUGUUGGUCAAAAGGAUUAUAAUGAAAGAUGGGAGCACUGGUGUGGGCAGUGCUAGUGUUACCCAUGCUGUGGUGGUCAUUUUCCUAGAAUUCUUUGCCUGGGGACUGCUCACCACACCUAUGCUGACCGUUCUACAUGAAACCUUCUCAGAACAUACGUUUCUCAUGAAUGGUCUCAUUCAAGGUGUAAAGGGCCUGUUGUCCUUCAUGAGUGCUCCACUCAUUGGCGCCUUGUCUGACGUGUGGGGCCGGAAGCCUUUCCUGCUGGUCACGGUGUUUUUCACCUGUGCCCCGAUUCCACUCAUAAGAAUAAGUCCCUGGUGGUAUUUUGCCAUGAUUUCUGUGUCUGGGGUCUUUUCUGUCACUUUCUCUGUAAUAUUUGCAUAUGUAGCAGAUGUCACUGAAGAACAUGAAAGAAACACAGCAUAUGGAUUGGUAUCUGCAACAUUUGCUGCUAGCUUGGUUACCAGUCCAGCAAUUGGUGCCUACCUCUCUGAUAAUUAUGGAGACAAUCUAGUGGUGCUGGUGGCCACAGUCAUUGCGCUUGUGGACAUCUGCUUCAUCUUACUGGCUGUGCCAGAAUCUCUGCAGGAGAAGAUGAGGCUUACAUCCUGGGGAGCACCAAUUUCAUGGCAGCAAGCUGACCCCUUUGCUUCCCUAAAGACAGUGGGGAAGGAUUCCACAGUUCUGCGCAUGUGCAUCACAGUAUUCCUGUCCUAUUUACCGGAGGCCGGACAGUAUUCCUGCUUUUUCUUGUACCUUCGACAGGUCGUUAACUUCUCAUCCACAACUAUUGCAGCAUUUAUAGCAGUAGUGGGCAUUCUUUCCAUCUUGGCUCAGACAGCAUUCCUGAGCGUUUUAAUGAAAUCGAUCGGAAAUAAAAACACGGUGAUGCUCGGCCUUGGGUUUCAGAUGCUCCAGCUAACUUGGUAUGGUUUUGGAUCAGAACUCUGGAUGAUGUGGGCGGCAGGAGCUGUGGCAGCCAUGUCCAGCAUCACCUUCCCAGCUGUGAGCGCGCUGGUGUCCCAUUGUGCAGAUCCCGAUAAGCAGGGUGUGGUGCAGGGCAUGAUCACAGGCAUCCGAGGGCUGUGCAAUGGACUGGGGCCGGCCCUCUUUGGUUUCAUCUUCUUUUUGUUCAACGUCAAGCUGAACGACUUGCCAUCCAUCCAGAAUGACGUGGCCUCCUCCUUAGAAGACCCCACUAAGCAGAGAGCGUUAAUUCCCGGGCCUCCCUUUGUCUUCGGAGCGUUCUCCGUGCUCCUGGCCUUCCUGGUGGCAAUGUUUAUCCCGGAGCAGCACGCUCUGGCAGCGAAUGCCUGCAAUGCCCGCAAAAACAGUGGCAGCGACAGCAGCACGGGGCAGACCCACAACCCCCUCCCAGGCAGCGAUGAUGACAUCGAACCUCUGCUGCAGGACAGCGGUGUGUGACGGAGCCUCCCCCCCCCCCACAAGGAAACGCAGAAGCUCUGACCUUCCAAGACCAGUAUAGCUGCACAUCAGUUCACAUUCCUGGCUAGGAACGUUUUUAAAAAUUAUUUUGCCGCUUCAAUGAAUGAAUUUUUUCCCCAACUUUUAUAUAUUUUUUUUAAGUAAUACUGUUUAAAUAGGUCGAAGAGAGACUGGGGAAAUACAUGUGGGGAAAGAUGUCCUCUGACACUAUAAGAAUGAAAGAAUUGUAUUAUACUAGUUCUGUGAAACCCUAUUUAAUCAGAAAUGGUUGCUUCUUUUUAAUGACUUUCUGGAGGAAGGCUGUUGCAAUAUACAGGUUCAGUAUGAUAAAGCAAAGAAAUUGUAUGUUACAGAUCAAUCUCAUUUCAUAGGUCUAUUAAUAAGCCUUACGACAUUUAUGCAGUGACCUUUUAUUUUUUAUGUAAUGGACUGGAACACUUAUCUUUACGCCUAAUAAGUGCAAAGGCAGUGGUCUUGAUAGUACUGCUCACAUAGUUCUUGAGUUUGUUACUGUAGGAAAUCGUGGGGGAUCUUUUCCCACUUAAGUGUUUUUCACCCUCGUUAGUAGGGUGAAAGGCAGUAACAUUCUUCAACUGGUGGUAUAGAUGUUUACUACAUUCUAUGCAUUGGUCUUAUUCUGUACUUUGUGAGACAUGGGCCCGCGCAGCAAUUGCGACAUGAAUUUUUUGUAUAAUUGUAACUUGUAAUAUAUGAUAUAAAUUAUGAUCAACUUCUAUUUAUAUACACAUAUACCGUAAAUAAUGAACAUAUAAAACAAGUAUACAAAACUCUUGGUCAAUAUUAGCUUAGUGAAUAUGCUUUUUAUGGAUUUUAUUUAGCCUUUUUUAAUUGUGGACAUUUUAUAAUCUGAAAGAAAUCAAUCUAAAGGCAGUGUUUGACAUGGAAGCGCAUUUAAAUGGAGAAAUAAACUUUUUCAUCAUAUGGCAUUAUAUCCUACUGCUGCAUAACUCAUCCCCCUUAUCACCAGCCACCACUGGCUCACUGGUUCUCCACCUUUUCUACUUUGUUGCUUUUGAUCUUUUCAAAGAAAUGCAUAUCAGUUCCCUAUGCACAUACAGAGACAGUAAGCAUCUCUCUGUCUGCUUUGGAAGCGGAGAGUUUACAGUCUGUUCCUUUUUAAAGGGUAUUAUGAAAUAUUUACAAUAACUGAUUAGCAUUUAUGGAUUGUUUAAGCAGCAGCUUGGUUUUCUGUCAAUUUCUGCCUUCCCCAAAACUUAUUGUCUGAUCUGUAUUGUUUACCGAAAGUGAUUCUUGGGAGUAUGAUUUGUGGAGUACUUUGGCCACAUGUGAUUUCUCCCUGGAGUCACGGACAAAAAUAUGAGGCUUUAAUUGAUGGUUACACUCCAAUCCACUGCAAUGUACAGAUUGGAUCUGUUAAUAGCAGCGAAUCUCCCUGAAUUCCCAGAUGUGUCCUAAAUAGUCAUGACAUGCCACUCUGUUACAGAACUGUGUCCAUAAAUGGUGUUUUUUUUAGAAAAAGUUUACCCGUAUAAUGAAUUGCCUCAUGGAAAUGUAAAGAGAGUUGUGUUUUAAGUACCUUAGUAAUACCUGUUCGAUUGGGAUGUAAGCAGAUCCUUUUGCCGUUUCUCCAGAGCUCGCGAUUACCCUUUUAUUUCACCAUGUUCAGUUGUUGAAAGUGAGCGUAAUACACAAACUUGCUAUAAACUCUUGCUGUUCAGAAUGUUUUUAAGAGAGAUUAUGCAUUCACCAAAAAAUGAUGUCAAAUGAUAUUCAGCUGGAUUCAGGUUACAGUGGCUAUUUUUGUAUAAUACUUGUAACUACAGUGGAAUAAGUGGGUAUUUUCUUUUUCUGUCUCCUAAGAAGUAUUUAAAAGCAUAAUUUAUUAUACAUUUCCAGAAAAAUAUAUUUUUGGAACAGUUACAUUUAUUACCCCACAACAAUUCUUCAAAUCUUUUGACUCUUUGUAUGAUUCUCUUGCAUAUAUGAAGAUUACGGUUCAGCAGUCUUCAGAUAAGCAAGCAAGUCUUUUGUUCAAAAGAACCCUAACUCCCUCUAGUGUUGCGUUUGAUAAUGUGUUCUGCAUUUGCAGAGUACUUGAUUGAUGGAUUUACUUUUUUUCCAUUCUGCAUCUCUCUGAAUUAUAUUCAAAUGUGCCUAAUGUGUGAACAUAUUAUUUUUAAGAGUAAAAAUAUUUAUUGGUGUGUACAUGGGGCAGAUGUUACUGCAAAUGAUGUGUACAUGGGCUACAUAUUUGUAAUUGCUAUGUUUUUGUCUAAUAGUACUACAAAUUAGUUGCAAUAAUAAAGUAUGUUUUAAAAUAA